UCUACAACUUUGACACUAGCCGCUAACCUAAGAAUUGUGUCACGUUUUCUUUCAACUUAAAGUUUGUCUAGUAAUAAUUGUGUGAAAUGUCGUGGAUUUUCGGCUACGGGAAAAGAGACCAGCAGCCCCCCGACUUGUCUCAGUUCGGGGCACCUCCAGCCUCGGGCGGAGGCAACGCCGGGGGCGACGUUCCCCGCGACUCAAAAUUGACAACAGCGGAGAAAAAGGCGAUGGAGGCGUACAGAUUCGACUCUUCCGCGCUAGAACGGGCAGCUCAGGCUGCAAAGGACCUGGAAAGAUCGUCACACGCGAAGGAGGCGCUCGAGUUGUCAAAGUUGCAAGAGACCACAAGACAGGUGGAACAGCAGGCGAAAAUUAAGGAGUAUGAAGCGCACAUCGCACAGAUGCAGAUUGAGGCGAAGAGGGCGGAAGCUGAAGAAAAAAGGAAGUUGUUGGUUGAGGAGACCAAGCAGCACCAGGCGAGGGCGCAGUAUCAGGAUCAGUUGGCGCGGAAGAGAUAUGAUGAUCAACUUGCUCAACAACAAAGGAUGAAUGAUGAAAAUUUGAAAAGGCAGGAGGAGUCAGUUGCUAAACAAGAGGCAAUGCGCAAAGCAACCAUCGAACAUGAGAUGGAUUUAAGACAUAAAAAUGAAAUGAAGAGAGUGGAAGCUGAAUUGAAAGCAAAAGCUAAAGUGGAUAGGGAAAACCGCGACCUGACUCUUGAACAAAUUAGAUUAAAAGCGUCUGAAAAUCGCGUCACAGUCUUAGAAAGUAUUAAAACUGCUGGCUCAGUUUUGGGGACUGGCAUUCAAGCCAUGUUAACAGAUUGGGACAAAGUGUUGACAGCCGCUGGUGGUUUGUCUCUGUUAGCGUUAGGUAUUUACUCUGCAAAAGGUGCAACUGGUGUGACAGCACGAUAUGUAGAAGCAAGAUUAGGAAAACCGUCGCUUGUGAGAGAAACUUCAAGAUUCUCAUUUAUGGAUACCCUUAAACACCCAAUAGAAGCUAUGAAGGCGUUGAGAAAUAAACACCAGGAUGCACUGUCUGGAGUAGUGUUGGCACCACAGCUAGAAGAGCGACUCAGAGACAUAGCCAUUGCUACAAAGAACACUAAAUGUAACAAAGGGAUGUAUAGAAAUAUUCUAAUGCAUGGACCACCAGGUACUGGAAAAACUAUGUUUGCAAAGAGAUUAGCCAAACAUUCUGGAAUGGAUUAUGCAAUUCUAACAGGUGGUGAUGUGGCACCCAUGGGUAGAGAAGGUGUUACAGCAAUUCAUAAGGUGUUUGAUUGGGCAGAUGGAACUAGAAAAGGUUUACUAUUGUUUGUGGAUGAGGCUGACGCCUUUUUGAGGAAACGUUCAUCAGAACACAUAUCUGAAGACUUACGUGCCACACUUAAUGCCUUUUUGUAUAGAACUGGUGAACAAAGUCAUAAAUUUAUGUUGGUACUGGCUUCAAAUACCCCUGAACAGUUUGACUGGGCGGUGAAUGACCGUCUGGAUGAAAUGGUACAAUUUAUGUUGCCUGGACUAGAGGAAAGAGAGCGGCUAAUUCGGUUAUACUUUGACAAAUUUGUUUUAGAACCGGCUACAGAAGGCAAACGGAGGUUGAAAGUAGAUAAUUUUGAUUAUAGUGCAUUGUGUAGUCAAAUGGCUAGAAUGACAAAAGGUAUGUCUGGUAGAGAAAUUGCUAAAAUGGGAGUUGCUUGGCAAGCAGCAGCUUAUGCUUCUGAAGAUGGGGUACUUACUGAGAAGAUGGUUCUGGAUAGGUGUAGAGAUGCUAUAAAACAGCAUAGGCAAAAGGUUGAGUGGCAGUCAGAGGAGGAAAAGAAAGAAGCUAAAACCAUCUAUCAUUCAGAAAAAGAAGAAUCUUACUCACCUGUAGUCCCAAGGAAAAGCAGUACUGAUGAUGAAGAUAGAACUACAAAUAAAAGUAGAUAGGUAGUUAAUUAGUGCAAAGUUGUAGAUUAAUAAUGACAAUUUAGCACACACAGAACUGACUAAGUCACUGCCAUUCAUCAAUUCUGUGUUUGCUUCUGAAGUAAACUAAAUUAUGUGGCUUAAGUUUACUCCUCUUUAUAUUAUAAUUAUACACCUAAAAUAUAGUGUAAAUUUCCACAAAAAUUUGCAUUUAAAUGCGUUGGUUUUUUAUAUUUAUAUGCAAUUUUUUAAAAGUUCCAUCUUUUGGUUUUGUUGAAUUGUGAUAUUGUUGAAUGAGUGCACCUCAGGGAAAUUUAUAUUAAAGUUCUCUGCAUUCAUGUUGUAGAUUUUCUCGUUUAGAUUAUCGAAAUAUGGAAUAUUGUAGAUAAAUGGACCUGGUCAAAAUAUAGCAUUUUUUACGAC